AUCAAAAAUGUCAGAGUCGAAUCCAUCGGCUUAUUUUUCAAACUCGGAGAUUCUCACUAGCGCCUACGAUUCUAUACUUUGUGAGUGGCUAAAUGCGAAAACGGAGUGGAAUCUCCUCUAUUCCGGAACUCGGGACGGACUGACUCCGGAAGCUUUCCACACGAUUGUGGAUGACAAAGGCGAGUGUCUGCUUGUGAUUGAGGAUGAGAAGGGGAACAUCUUCGGUGCGUAUACUUCUGUCGGUUUCAGCACGCGGGGAGGCAACGGAAUGGUCUACCGAGACGAUCGCCACUUUCUGUUCACCCUCAAAAACCCAUUUGGGAUCGCGCCCACCAAGUUCGCCACGAAGUUCCCCCAGACUGCAUUUGCCUAUGUUCGAAAUUACGGGCCUUCGUUCGGCGACCAUGGUGAUCUGACGCUGCGAGGCCACGAUGGUCACUUUGGCGAAUCGCACACGAUCAACUUCCCGUGGUCGUAUGUGGAUCCGACGGGAAAGGGAAAUAUCGUGUUUACUGGCAAUGAGCGCUUUUCUGUGAAGAAUAUGGAAGUGUUUUUACGAAAAUAG